GACCGGCUCUGCUCUGAAUCCGGCCUCUGCUGCACGCCCAUGGCGGUUGCCCCAGAACGAAAUCUCCUGAGCCAACUGGUCACUGCCCGUCAGGGUUCUGUGUGUCACCUGCGGCUGGAUGUGGCCGUGACAGCCAGUCAUGAGAGCGGACGCGCACCCAGGACCCACUUUCUGAAGAUUCAAAUUCGUGACGAGAAUGAUCACGCUCCUGUCUUCCAGGCAAGUUGA